AUGUCUUCCACUUGGAGAGAAUUUAUGUCAUGGAACAAAUACACCCAAGUCGCUUCUAGAGCACUUAGACAAGCUUUGACAGAGACUGAUAGAGUCGCAGCUGAGAAAAGAGCCGCUAUUGGAGUCCGAUACCAACUUUGGGAGAAUGGACAAGGUGGUGAACAAAACUACGUCGUGCCUCCCGCUAAGGAAACAACUCCUGGUACCCCACCUGUAUAA